AUGGGAAUCCCUCACUUUCUCUGCAUACCAUUUCCACUUCUAGGCCAUGUGAACCCCCUCAUGCAAUUUUCUCAUGUUCUAGCCAAACAUGGCUGCAAGGUCACUUUUCUACACACUGAGUUCAGCCACAAAGGCUCCAACACCAACGUUGAAGGGUCAAACAUUAAGGUUGUGACACUCCCUGAUGGUUUGGAAAAUGAAGAUGAUAGGAGUGACAUGUUAAAAGUACUUUUGUCCAUAAAGAGAACCAUGCCUUCAUUGCUUCCAAAGCUAAUAGAAGAUGUCAAUGCCUUAGACUCUGAGAACAAAAUCAGUUGCAUACUUGUUACAACAAACAUGGGUUUUGCCUUGGAACUUGGCCACAGAUUAGGGAUCAAAGGUGCUCUCUUCUCUCCAACUUCAGCUACUUCUUUGGCAUGUGGUGUCUUCGUGCAGAGGCUCAUUGAUGAUGGCAUUAUUGAUUCUUCAGGACACCCCACCAGAAAACAACAAAUUGAGCUCUCCCCAGGGUUGCCUAAGAUAGACACGGCGCAAUUCCCAUGGCGCGGCGUAAGCAAGCUCUGGUUCACUGAAAUUAUUAAAGAGAUGGAAACACUCAAAGUAGCUCAAUGGUGGCUUUGCAACACUAUUUGUGAUCUUGAGCCUGCAGCAUUCUCUAUUUCACCAAGGUUCCUACCAAUUGGUCCAUUCAUGGAAACUUAUGACAAUAACAAGGCUUCUUCUUCAUUGUGGCAAGAAGACACAACUUGCCUACAUUGGUUGGAUCAACAACCAACUCGAUCCGUCGUGUAUGUUUCGUUUGGUAGUUUGGUUGUGUUGGAAUCAAAUCAAUUCAAAGAACUAGCACUCGCGCUUGAUCUCCUUAACAAGCCUUUUCUUUGGGUCGUUCGCGCCAACCAUAAUAACAUUGGUUCAUCAUAUCCUAAAGAAUUUAAUGGAAGUAAAGGUAAAAUUGUGGCUUGGGCGCCACAGAAGAGGAUCCUAAACCACCCUGCCAUAGCUUGUUUUGUCACACAUUGUGGUUGGAAUUCUAUUUUAGAAGGUGUUUGUGGGGGUGUACCAUUUCUAUGUUGGCCAUUUAAUAGUGACCAAUUUAUUAACAAGUUAUAUAUUUGUGAUGUGUGGAAGGUUGGAUUGGAAUUGGAAAAGGAUAAGAAUGAAUUGAUUUCAAGGGGUGAGAUAAGGAAGAAGGUGGAGCAAUUGCUUGGGAAUGAAGAAAUGAGAGUAAGGUCUUUGAAAUGGAGGGAAACGACUUUAAAAAAUGUAGGACAAGAUGAUCAAUCAACAAAGAAUUUGAUUAUGUUUGUCAAUUGGGCAAAAUAA